AUCUAUGCAUCGUUCCUUACAUUCACUGCGAGCAGCCAGAUCAGCGGUGUUUACAGGCUCAGGUGCUCAUACUCUUGGGCUUUCACCCUCUGUUGGACAAAGUGGAAUUCAUGAGAAAAGGUCAUUCCACUAAGGGAGCCAGCAAGCCUACGAGGACCAUUGUUUCUAAGUGGGGUGCCGAUACCACUUGAGUUGAAAGCCAACAUGUACAACAGUAGUUAUUCACGAGCCAAGUUUGGACUGGAAGCCAAGGACAUUCAGAAGUCCAAGGGCAAGAGCUGUGGCUACUACAUGAGGAUUGUGUUCUUCUUCUCCUCGCUGAUCCAGUCACUCAUCAUUGUCAGCCUGGUGCUCUUCCUGGUGUAUGGGAGGCCAGAGCAAUCUGUGGAGCAGCAGCGAGUGCAGGACCUGGAGCAGAGCUUCGAAAGGCUCUCCAGGGAAAACCAGCUACUCAGGCAGCAGAAGAGUAACCUCACCCAGCAGCUCAACAAGAAUGUGGCCGAGAAGCAGAACACCGAAAAAGAACUGGCCAAAGUCCGUGCCAUGGCCAACACCACCACAGUGCAACUUACUGCUCUUCAGGCAAAAAUGUCUCAGUGUGAAGCAGAUAAGAAAAGGGCAGAAAUGACACGUUCCACUCCUAUUCAAUGCCCCCCGCCUCCCCAGACCCCAGUAAUAAUCACUACAAAUGGUGAAAUGAAAAACCUGCAGGCUCGGAACCAACAGUUGGAAACUCUGGUGAAAAUAGUGGAGGCCAACUUUACCCAAACUGUCAAGCACCUCAGGACUGACCUGGAGAGUGCGGUCAAAGCCCGAGAUGCACUGAACUUGGAAGCAAUUUCACUGAGGCGGGAAAACUCAAACCUUAAGGAGCAGCUGGAGAAGUUCACACAGAAGUGCAAAGAGGACUUUGUCAACUCCCUGGAGGGCAUCCAGACUGUCACCAGUGCCUUCCUGCAAAGGAUCGAAAACCUGUUCCCUCAUUCCCUCACUUUCCACCUCACCUGCGAAAGGCAGCAGGAGCAAUUGGACAGAAUCCGCUACAGCUGCUCCAGCCUGUCCAGAGAAAUAGAAGACAGGUUUCAGCAAUAUCUAAACAAUGUUGGAAACAAGGUUGCUGAGAUUCAGGGCAAAAGCAGUAUGCUGCUGGUGCAGAACGCGCGCCUGAUUGAGAACUUGCAGCAGUGUAGCCAGAACCGAUCUAUGGAAGCAGCAGAGAACAAGCGCCAGCGCCAGGUGGCCCAGGAGAACAAUGACAAGCAGAUGGAGCAGCUGCUGAAGGAGAAGAACGAACUGCGAGACCAAAAGGACCUGCAGGAACAGAAGGUCAAGCUGAAGGAAUCGGAGAUCGCUGUGCUCUCCGGCAGGAUCCAAACUCUCAGCACCAGCUGCGGCAUCAAAGCAGCUGGGCCAAAACCUGCUGGACUGCAUGCUGGCAUGACAAUGCAGCAAAAUAGACCCAAUACACCAAAUGGACCAGUUGUUGGGGCACCUGGAAUAAGCAGACCGCCUGUGAAUGAAGCAGGAACAGGUGGAACAAGCAGCCAAAACACACAAAGUGGACUUCAAGCAGCAGUGAACCCACAAGUGAAGCAGCUACAGGAGAAUGCCAAAAAGGGUUCUGAAGUAUCUGGGUGA